CCUACCGCAGUCCGGGAGAAGAUGAGCGUGCCCGGCUCCACCCGUCGCCGCCAUGCGCAAGUGUCGCGCUUAGUCUUCUUCAGCGCGAGCCACCGGCUCCACAGCAAGUCUCUGAGUGAUGAAGAAAACUUGAAACUGUUUGGGAAAUGCAACAAUCCAAAUGGCCAUGGGCACAAUUACAAAGUUGUGGUGACAGUACAUGGAGAGAUUGAUCCUGUUACAGGAAUGGUUAUGAAUUUGACCGACCUCAAAGAGUAUAUGGAGGAAGCAAUUAUGAAGCCUCUUGAUCAUAAGAAUCUGGAUCUGGAUGUCCCAUACUUUGCAGAUGUUGUGAGCACGACAGAAAAUGUAGCUGUAUAUAUCUGGGAAAACCUCCAGAAAUUUCUUCCUGUGGGAGUGCUUUAUAAAGUAAAAGUGUAUGAAACUGACAAUAAUAUUGUAGUUUAUAAAGGAGAAUAGCUCUUAGGGAUUAAUAUUGUAGAAAGACUAAUUACUUUCCAUGUUUGAAAAUUAUCUUUGUCCCGUUGGAGUGUUAAGAAGUCAUCACAUAAUGGUUGUACUUCCACAUUGUGUUCUGGAGUUAUUGUAAAUUUAAAUAUAUUUUAAAACCAAAUUUGUGAUGUAUCUUGAAUAUCAUUUAGAGUCUUUAUCUAUAGAUUAAAAGUCAUUGUCUGCAAAAUGUUUUUGUGUGAAAUUGUUUGAAAGCAAAGGAGAUCUGUUUUUAUUGUUAUUUCUCCAUUAUCUCAUUUUUGGUAUCAAUUUUUUCUUUGCAUAUAUGACUGGUAAAAUGUUUAUCAGAUUUACACUAGGUAAAUCUUACAAAAAAUAAGGGGCCACAAAGUCUUGAAACGUAGACUAUAUAUAUACAUAUAUAUGUGUAUAUACAUAUAUAUAUUCUUUUUUUUUGCCAGUUCAACUUUUUACAAGUGUACAAUUUAUUGACAGCAGUUACAGUAGUUGGCUGUGCAGCCUUACCUAUAAUCAAUGUGAUAUUUCCGUCACUGUUAACCCCUCCUUUCUCUCUCCCUCCUGCCCCCGGUAACUGCUAAUAAAGUUUGUUGUCUAUACAUUCGCCGUUUCUUGUCUUUUUAUAUAAGUGAGAUCGUAUAAUAUUUGUCCUUUUUGUGACUGACUUAUUUCACUCACCAUAAACAGCUCCACUCAUAUG